CGGAAGCACUUUAGAUUUUCCAAAGAUGUACAAACGACUCAGAAUACAGGGAAUCAAAGCUUUAAAGGAUUUUGCAGAUUACACUAAUAUGAAAAAGAAAGCCUCAAGGGCGUGCUCGACCCACAAAGACGAGCCGCACAAUAAUCCUGGACUUGGGUCUCCCAGUGGCACAACCCGCACAUUUGUCUUACCGAGUGACUAUUUUACUCGAAAUGGCCAAAUUCUGCAGCCGUGUAAGUUUCCAGGGAAAGUUCACAUCGUCCAAAAUGAGGUAGACGAACGGCGACUGGUGGAGAAUGGUGAAGUCUGUCAAGAUUUCCAGAAUCAAGACGCUCUCGGACUAGAUACAGAGUCUGUGCAACGUCUGAAUGCUUUGCCAAGGAUCACUUUGAUUCAGUUGGCCUCAAAGAAAAAUGCCGUUUUAUGGAUAUGUAAUCAGGGAAGCUUUCGCGAAAAACUUCCGCCAUAUUUGUUAUCCCUUUUUCGUGGAGACGCGUUGAAGGUGGGGCAUGCCAUCUCUCUUGAUGCAAGCUUGAUUCAAAAUCAAUACGGAGAGUGCAUAAACAAUAUGGUAGACACCCUAAUCUGGGCCCGUGAAAUGAACUGCUACCCACUGAGCUUAAGAGCUAUGUGUGCUAUUUUCUUUGAUGAGCUGCUAUCUAAACAAGUUGGAAGGUCUGACUGGUCACAGACAAAAUUAACUGAAAGGCAAUUAUUCUAUGCUGCCACAGAUGCUUGGAUAUCACUCAGGGUAUAUAAAGAAAUGAAGAGGACAGCUAAAGUAAACAGACUGCCCCUUUCUCCACCUCUUGAGUCAACUAUGGAUGUGUUCAAGACAAUGCAAUUAGCUAAGUCUGAACGAAAGAAGAGAAGAUUGAUAAGAGAGAGACAGAAGAAGGAAAAACAGGCCAGCCAAAGUAAACAGAUUGCCCCUUUCUCCACCUCUUGAGUCAACUAUGGAUGUGUUCAAUCAAUUCAGUUAACUAAGUCUGAAUGAAGGAAGAGCAAAUUGAUAAGAGAGAGACAGCAGAAGAAAGUAGAUGAAAGAGGGCUUUGAGUGACAGCUCAGAGAAUUGAUAUGGUGAUUUGAAAAGAAUCCAACCAAGUUUUUUCUCAUCUCUUGGAUACAACUUUUCAAAAGUUCUUUCCAUUAUGGUACAAGUAACAA